CAGAGGAUGCACGUGACUUGCAUAUGCAUCCAGUUAACCCUUAUACUAUAAGAGCCAGAAAACCCUACCUUUCAAAAUCGGCCGCUUCAUUUAUCUCCGAAGAAACCCUCAGCAGCCGAACUCGAAGACCCAAACUAAAAGUAUCAGCAAAAAUGGUGUCCGGCAAGAAAACGAAGAAGACCCAUGAGAGCAUCAACAACAGACUGGCACUCGUUAUGAAGAGUGGAAGAUACACUCUGGGUUACAAAACAGUGCUUAAGUCUCUCAGAACCUCAAAAGGGAAGCUCAUUAUCAUUUCGAACAAUUGUCCACCGCUGAGGAAAUCUGAGAUUGAGUACUAUGCCAUGCUUUGCAAAGUUGGGGUUCAUCAUUAUAAUGGAAACAAUAAUGAUCUGGGAACAGCUUGCGGGAAGUACUUCCGUGUUUCUUGUCUGAGCAUCAUCGAUCCAGGUGAUUCUGACAUCAUCAAGUCCUUACCUGGUGACAACUGAGUGGAUCAAGUUUAGCUUCUCAUUUGACAGCAGAAUGAUGUUUCUUUCUUUAUAAUAUUCUCUCUCUUUGCCCUCUUCCCCGUCGUUUAAGAAUAUUUACUAGAGGAUUGUACUUUGUUAAUGUUAAGUUGUGGAUGUUCUUGCCAAAAUCUGUAGCUUAAAUACCAAUUUUUGUUUGGUUUAAUGAAGAUACUGGGUUUUCAUUAUAA